AUGGGGUCGGGAAACAGUAAAUGCACCCCUUUGCAAUGCUUCCUUAACAACUGGAAAUUGGCCACCAAAGAUGACGAUUGGGGAUUUAAGUUGAAGAAGGAGAGGCUUAGGACCCUCUGUGAAGUGGACUGGCCGACCCAAGGGACUGGCUGGCCGUCCCAGGGCACCCCACAGAAUAAUCCCCAGGAUAACCCCCCGAACCCAGUUGGUGGCAGCCUUAUCAACCCAAUCCCUGAGACUAAGGACCCCAGCAAAUCAGAGACAGAUAAGGAGGACGAAAGUGACAAUGAUGAAGAGGAUGAGGGGACAAUGUUAAGGAUGUUGGAAGAGAAGGUAGUGAAGGGACAGAAGUGGAGCAAGAAGCAAGAAGAAUGGAUAAAGGACUAUGUAGACCCCUAUAAGGACCAGGUGGAUGUUAGUCCCCACAUUUUAGAGGUGGCGCGCUGUGAGGAUGGGCGCUGGAAGAAAAAACAAAAGAGGUGGCUGGCUGCAGCACGUAGAGCUGCCACCCACCAUGAUAGAGAGAGAGAGAAGAAAGAUCUGGCUACAGCCGUGAUGCCCCUCCGGCGCGCUUAUGACCCACCAGGCCCGGCAGGACAGGGAGGGGCAGCAGCACCACGCACUUACACAAUCCAGCAUGUGCCUUUCUCAACUGCUGAUAUUUGCAAUUGGCGUAAUCAUAAUCCCUCCUUUGAGGAGAAUCCUGCCAAGAUUAUUAAACUUUUUGAAGGGAUCUUUAAAACUUAUGAUCCCACUUAUGAUGAUGUACAGUACCUUCUGGAUUCCCUCUUAUCAACUGAGGAAGUCAGGAGGGUCCACAGUGAAGCAAGGGCGCAUUUGAGGCAGCAGGGUCUGGCUGAGGACGCAAUAGAUACAGCUUACCCCCGAGCCACCCCUGCCUGGAACUAUCAGGAAUGUUCGGACCACCCUGCAGACAUAUAG